AUGGUCUUUGGGAAAUUAAAAUUCAAGCUUUAUGUGAUUUGCUCGGUUGCUUUCACGCAACGAAAACGAAAUUUCGCAAUUGAGGUGAUAACAGAAAAGGAGAAUUAUGACUUUUAUCUAUCGGAUGAAACAAUAUUCGAUGAUUGGAGAACAGUGGCCAAUGUUGGGAGAUUAUCGAUCGUUGGGCAUCUCAAUGGAUUCAAUACCAUCAAUUUGAUCAGGAGCUGUAGAUCACUCAAAAUCAAUCUCCGGUCACUCACGAGACAGGAGGAAUCCCAUAUGGACGAACUUGUCGAAGCUCUCUUCGAGAAUUACCCCUUCUUACCAAGGAUGAUGAACAAUAAAUUGUAUGUUUAUUUGAUUGGAAAAGUCGAGAAAAGGGAAAUUACUUCAGUUCCCGGUGUUGAGUUUAAUUUUUCUUUUCCUCAAAUGAUGAUUCGAGUAUUUGACAUUGAUUUUUUGGACACUUUAUUAAGCUGGAAACAAAGUAAUCUUGCAACAGAUUUAACCCAAAGCAAGAAGCUAAGUCCGAUAUCAAGACGUGGAUCAUUUGAUAGAGAAGCGACUGGAGUCGGGCUUUGCGCUGAACCAUCGGGUGUCCGCCAAUUCCGCUUCUUGUCACAAUGCAACAAGUUUUGUACUGUGAAACCUGCUCAGAAACCACUCUAUCAACUCGGAUUAUGCUGCAAUCGUUACAACGCUGGCAAUUGGGCAACGUGCACCAAAUUCAAUCAAGCAAUUUGUGCACGUAAAGACGUCUCGUGGUCGAAUGAUGGAAAUGUCGAAUGCAUUUCGUAUCCAUUCUAUGGAGCGUGUGCUACUCGAUAUGGAUUGAACAAUGAUGGGAAA